AUGGAUGGACACAGUAAUACUUCGGUAAUACUACACACUUAUCAGCAACAACAAUCUCAAUUGAUCCCCUCGAUUAUUCCACAAACUCUUCCUGAUGGUUACGGUCUUACGACUACCAUUUCUCAACCUGAUUUUUCCGGAACUAACGCUUUUAUCAAUACGAAUCCCUGGAAUACUACGACGUUCCCAACUUAUAGAGACAAUCAAUACACUAAUGAAGUUUCGGUACUAAAUUACCCAACCGUUUAUGAUGAUUUCUCUAAAGAAUCCACAGCCGGAACACUGUCUGAUCCGUCACUUCAUGGAUCAAAUAGUUCUAGUUCUACUUCUGAUGUUGGAUCAUCUGUUGAUUGCAGUAUUUCGCCCGAACCAAUUCUAAUGCCUUGUGUGAAAAGAGGUCGGCCUACCGAAAAUCCGUGUUGGGCAUAUUUCCACAGAAUCGACGAUCAACUGGUUAAAUGUAGACUUUGUACAAAAGUUGUUCGAUCCGCAUGUGCAACAAAUAUGACGAAGCACUUGGAAAGACAUCAUACUGACGACUAUCAAAAAGUUACUGGACAAUUGAAGCUUUUCCGAAUGAAUGAUGCUGGAAUCCGAAGUAAAAUGCACUAUCAAGUAGCAGACACCCCAUUAACACCGAUUCCCGUUCUACCUAAUUCUUAUGUGCUUCCAAAAAUGGAUCCGAUGGAGGCGUUCGAUGCCUCACAGUACUACACAAUGCAACCAGAUUCAACAGCAAUCAAUGCUCAACCAUUUCCUCAAUUUGACCAACCUCAAACAUCUGCAGAUUCUCAAACUUGGCCUCUGACACAUUUCUGGCCGAAUGGAGCACAGAACAACAUGAUGCCACAGUUGGGAGAACCAUCCACUUCUGCGAUAGGAGCAUCUGUGAUUCAAGAAAUUCGAAAAUUGAAUUUGGAUUCGGAUCAAAAACGUCUGGAACUGGAGAUGGAUCAGAAUAGACGGCUACUGUUAGCACAAAAAGCAGAUGAAAAAGGAAGAGUUGUAAAGACAACUACCAAGCCCUAUCAGAAAAGAAACAGAAAAACAGAGCAUCCGGUAUGGGCAUUUUUCAAAAGAACGGGAGAUGGAAAUGCAGAAUGCAUCAUCUGUCAAGGUGUUGUCAAAUCUCCAUGCUCGUCGAAUUUCAUGCGCCAUUUGAUGCGUCAUCAUUCAACUGAAUACAACGAUGUUUAUUUGAAAUGGAUCGAAAAACGGAAUGUUACACAUCCAGGAAUCCAUUGUACUUCUGUUCCUCCACCGAUAUCCUUCCCCAACAAGGAUAAUGUGAGAACAGAACCAAUUUUUACUGUGAAAUAA